UUGUGAAUGUCUUUUCACAUGGUAUGUGUGCAAAGAUAUAUAGAUCAGAUAUAUACAUGCAAUUUGUAUUUCUUCUCUUCAUUCCAUGCAGAUGAACAACAAACUAAUUAGUUUACAUUAAUACCAUUAACACUAGCCAGAACUUUGUCUUUCUCUCUUCAUUCCAAUGGAUAACCAAAGUAGUAGUAGUGCUGCCAUUGCAUGUGAACUAGAAGGAGUUCUUUUAAUCUCUAAGAACUCUUUUCCUUACUUCAUUCUAACUGCAUUUGAAGCAGGUAGUCCUUUGAGAGCUCUAAUUCUUUUCAUGUUUUUUCCGGUCCUAUGGCUUCUUGAUUUCUUCGGCUUUCAAGAACUGUCUCUUCGGCUUAUGAUCUUCGUCUCGACGGCAGGAGUUAAGGUUGCUGUCUUGAAGGCAGUGGCCAAGGCCACUCUUUCAAGGUUCUUUCUUGAGGACAUCAAUGGGAGUUGUUUCAAGAUUUUGUCUGGUUACAAAGGAAAGAAGUAUGUUGUUACUUGUUUUCCAAAGUUCAUGGUAGAGGCAUUCUUGAGAGAGUUCUUGGAUGUGGACUAUGUUAUUGGCACAGAGGUUAUAAGCUUCAAAGAAUGGUGUUUAGGGUUUGUGGCUUCUCCUGGGAUGAUCAUUAAUGGUCAUCAUGAGAAGCUCAAGUUCUUGCAACAAGCCAUUGGAGAUGGUGUGCAGAUUGAUCUUGGAUUGGUGCAUGUUCUCUCUGAUCAUCCUUUGAUCUUAUUAUGCAAGGAACUUCAUAUAAUGCAACCAGAUGAGAAGGCCAAGCCACUGCCAAGAAGAGACUACCCUAAACCGUUGAUCUUCCAUGAUGGCCGCUUCAGCGCACGUCCUACACCGUUGAAUUUCCUAUCAAUACUCCUCUGGUUGCCACUUGGCAUGAUCUUAGCCGUCACCCGGAUCCUUGUGGGUGUAUUGCUUCCAUUCAAACUGGGGCUAAUGGGCUCUGCUGCUACUGGCCUUCGUAUCAGAGCCCAAUUCUCAGAAGCCCAACGGGCCUGCGGUACACUGUAUGUCUGCUCUCAUAGGACACUCCUAGACCCUGUGAUCAUCUCUUCAGUACUCCAACGGAAAAUCACAGCCGUCACUUACAGCCUAAGCAGCUUCUCUGAGCUGAUAUCUCCGAUCCCGACCGUUCGAUUGACUCGUGAUCGGGUCAAAGAUGGUGCUACUAUGGGUGCAUUGCUCAACUCCGGUGACCUAGUCGUCUGCCCGGAGGGAACCACUUGCCGAGAACCAUAUCUUCUUCGGUUCAGCCCAUUGUUCGCUGAGAUCUCCGAUGAGGUAGUUCCGGUGGCCAUCUCUUCCGAAGGGACCAUGUUCUACGGAACUACAGUGAGAGGUCACAAAUGGCUUGACUCAUUGUUCUUCUUGAUGAAUCCUAGUCCUUGCUAUCAAUUGAUGUUCCUUGACAAGGUAUCAUGUCAAGGGAGAUCAAGUGUAGAUGUUGCUAACCAGGUUCAGAGGUUGAUUGGACUCGCACUUGGGUUCGAGUGCACCAACUUGACUCGGAGGGACAAGUAUAGGAUCCUGGCCGGCAAUGAUGGGGUGGAUAAUAGAGUUAGUUCUAACUAACUAACUAACUAACUAACAUGUUCUAAUGAAUAGUAGAAACUAGAAAGCAUUUGCAUUAAGAAUUUCAGUAAAAUAACUGCAACUGUUACAAGUGAUUGUGGUUGAAUCAUGAAGAAGGUUGAGAAAAUUCCCCUUCUAUGCCAAAAAAAAAAAAA